CAAGCCAAACAAAAGCAGCCCGUGCGUGGUUCGUGAAAAUUUUGUUAAAACCUCGUUUUUUAAGUAAAAUUACUUUAUUCAUUUGCUGGUUCCUGUUGCCUGGUCGACCCCCGUCCGCGGCUUGGUGAUGGGCGGCCGCAAGUGCAUCGUACCGGGUUGUCCAUCGGCCGCAAAUCGAAAGGCGGACCGCGGCGUCACUUUCCACAAAGUUCCGCUGAACGAAAAAAUAAAGCGGCAAUGGAUAGAGGCUUGCCGUUUGGCCGAACGACCGAACAGCUACCGAUCGGGAAACGUGUGCAGUCGACAUUUCCGCCGGGCAGAUUUCCAGGAGUUCAAGGGCAAGAAGUUUAUGCUGAAGACGGUCGCCGUGCCUUCCAUCUUCAACUGGACCAAGCCACAAACACCGAAUGCUCUAGCGAAUGUGACGGUAAAGGAAGAGGAUGAGCUGUGCAGUACUCCUGAUGCAACACCGCGGAAGUUGCAGUAUCAAGAUGAGAGCUUUGUCCAUGAGGUGGGCGAUAUGUAUGAGGACGACUCAGUCGUGGUCAAGGUCGAAGAACCAGAGAUCAAGACGGAACCGGACGCAGCAGCUCCCGUCACACCCAAAACUCCGGCUCCUUCCAGCAGCAAGAAGAGCUCCGUCAGUACGGUGAAACGCAAAUCGGCCAGCAAGCGUUCCGCUUCGGCACGCAAGCUUGCGUCAUCCAAGAAGCAAUCACGCGUUGAACUGGUGGCUCCACCAGCGUCACCGAAGAAGCAGACACCCAAGAAGGCCGGAACAUCCACCGUAAAACCUCACGCCAGCCCCGAGAUGGGAAUCGUCGCAGGAACGGGGGGAUCGGAGCGGCUUACCAGCUUCACACCGGGAACGAAAAUUGAAGCGCAAGACUUUAGCGGUCGCUGGCACUCGGCCAAUCUGGUCGAGGUGGACACGGAAGAGCGGGAAGUGUUGGUUCAGUUCGAGAAGGCGGAAAAAUCCAAAACGAUCCUGAACGAUGAGUGGAUCCCGAUGGACAGUGUGAGAUUGCGGCCAGUUACACAGCACGCUACCUACACGGUCGGCGAGAAGGUGUUCGCCCGGUGGAGCGAUUCUCGCAAAUUUAAGGCCACGAUCCAGAGCAUACUCGAGAACGAUAUGUACGAGGUCAUGUUCGAGGAUGGGUUCGCGAAGAUCUGCAAAUCUUCUCACAUAAGCCGCCUGAAGCGCACGGAGGAUGGCGUUGAGGCACACCCGGCGGACACGGCUACCUCGAGUGUCGAGGUAAAGAUCAAAACGGAAAAGAUGGAACCGGGCACGGCGAUGGAGGAAAGUAAUAUCACAACGGCCGCGAUGCCGUCCAUCAUUUCGCUGGAACAGUUCCGCAUACCGCAGGUGGCCAAGCUGGCAGAUCUACCGCCGAUACCGCAGGACGGCGAGUGGUGUUGCCACUGGAUGAACGAUUAUCCGGUUGGUGAGUCAUCGGAGUUGGAUCUUCCUGGAGGAAAGGUGUACUCGGUGAUCGUACCCGAUUGGCGGAUGCCAGAGGGAUGGCAGAAGCACAUCUAUCAGCGCGUGACGACUUUCGGUAAGAUCGAUAUCGUACUGGUGAGCCCAAGCGGGAAACCGUUCCGUUCAAGGUUGGAAGUGAAGCAGCAUCUCGAUGAGCAGGGCGAGCUGUACGAUCCGAUGAAGUAUGACUUUGGAUUGCACAAGAAGCGAGCCAAGGAUCUCGGAUUCUAUGGCUACACACAAGAGUAUCGAGACGCGUUUCUGUCGGCUCCCGUCGCCGAGCCAGUGCUACUGAACACCGAGGUGAACAUUGGCUCCGUAAAGGUGAAGAUCAUCGACAACCUGUACCAGUGCCCGGAGCAAGACUGCCUUAAGACGUUCCGCAAGGAGAAUCACCUGCAGAUACACAUCAAACACUAUCAUCACGAGUUGGCCAAGGGACUGGGUGAAAUUCUGAACAUGCAGGAUUUGGCCCAGCUCCGUACUCCGAUCGAAAUACUGGAUACACCCGUGAAGACGGUUGCCCGUAAAUCGACGGUCGCUGGCACAGGAAGCACCUCGAAGGCGGCUUCAAAGGAUGACGACAAGAAGCUGGAGCUGGUGCAGGUCAAACGCGAACCGGGAACGGAGGGUGAGUGGGAUCAGCUGCAAAAGACACCGGUAGCAACGAAACAGGAUGCACCAGAACGUACCAAACCGGGUAGCAGUGCAGUGGCCAGUGGUGAUGCCAGCGUUUCGAAGGUUAAACAGGAGCCCAACGAUGGGGCUGGUCCAUUGGUUGCAUCGAAAAACAAUACCGUGACCACACCAGCAGCUGGCUUCGCGAAUCACAGCACCUCCAGUGCAAGUAAAUCAAAAUCCAGCAAGAAAAAGCCCAAAAUUAAACUGUUUUCGCUAAAGAAAACUGGCAAUCGACCCUUCGACAGCAGCAAAGUGCGACGCGUUGGGAAGAGUUCCGCAUCGAAGCGCAAGAAAUCACGGGCGGUGGCAGCGGCUGCGGCCAAACAAGCCAUCCCACGAACGUUCCUCAAUCGGCCGGCGAUCAGUGGUGAAGUGGGAUCACCUUACACUCCCGGUGGUUUCCCUUACGGGGAGGAUGCAUCCAUGUCCAGCUUCUACGAUGAUUCCAUCAAUGCGGCUAGCCUCUCGUUGGUAGAUGACAAUGGAGAAGCGAUCAAGAUCGUACGGAUGCGCAAGGAGGAGAUCAUCAACUGUGUGUGCAAGAUCACGGAGGAGGACGGUCUGAUGGUACAGUGCGACGUAUGCCUCUGCUGGCAGCAUGGUUUCUGUCAGAACUUCUUUAAAGACUCGGACGUUCCAGAUACGUACGUGUGCAGCAUAUGCCGCAAUCCGUACCGGGGUCGUUCGUCCAAGCGAUACGGCCAUCAUCAGGAUUGGCUGUACGAGGGAAAGCUCCCGGUCGCCCGUUAUCACUCAGCGAACACGAAGCACACGCAGCGUUUCGAUAUUCUCAAGAACGUUCACACACUGUCCGGUAAUUUGGUGGAGUUGAAGCGCUUCAUACACAGCAUGCAGGUGAAGAUUAACAUCGCCGAACGGAAGGAACAUCCGAAGCUGUACCUGUGGUCGAAAAAGUGGGAAAAGAGCCCUCCCCGCGGUGGCGAAAAGGUGGUGGUGCAUUCCGUUGAUCCGACCGCCCCGAAACCGAUGCCUCAGAUCCCCGUUCCGGAAGCACCGAUCGAUCCGGCCGAAUGUCAGGCUAACUUACUGGACCAUAUACAGAAACAGCAGAACGAUGCGAUGGCAAGGCUGCAAGCGAUUGAAGCACAGAUUAUCGGGCUGGAGGCAUUUGACGAUAAGGCGGAUCUACUGGAGUCGCCGACCGAAACAAACUACCCAAAAUCCAAACAGACCAUCCACAUGCUGUUGAACGAUUUGAUGCAGAUGAAGAAAAUUGCGGCCAUACAUGCGGAUUUCAGCGAUCUGGCUCAGGCAGCCCAACUACCGGCAAUGUAAAGUUUCCGUAUUUUGUGAAGCAAAAGUGAAACGUGUGGUGUGGUGGUACAGUGUGGUCAAUGUUUGAGGUAUAAGUAUAAGCUUUGCAAGGUGGAAACACAUUUCAACUACAAUAAACGGAUUGCCGGACGUUACGCCGGACUACAAACCACAGUCCUCCC